AAACUUAUUUUGAUAUUAAAAUGGAAUCUAAAAUAUAUCAUUCAAAUAUUCAAGGUGUUCAUUCAGCAAAAGCUAUUAUCAACUAUAUUUUGAAAAAUGGUGAUUAUAUUUCAAAAUAUAAAAUCAAUAAUUUAUUAAUUGCUCAAAAAGUGAUUGAAAAAGAUAUUGGAGAAGGUGGUGUUUUGAAUGAUGAUGAUCUACCAAUUGAAGAUAUUGUUUUACAGUUGUCAAAUGAAAAAUUGUCAAAACAAAAAAGAGAUGAAAUAUUUUUUAACUCAGAAUUAA